GUAUAUAAAAGCAAGUGCUUGCCGCGCUGCCGCCUGUAGUAACAAUUCGGGCACAAACCAGACCAGAUCCUCGCCCAACAUUAAAUAUCGGUGGGAAUUCACAUAAAAUAGUGCAACAUGAGGAAGCAUUGCAUCCAUUGGAUUUGGCUGGUGCUGCUGCUGCCGCGGCUGAUCCACGUGAGGGCCGAGCAGCAGGCGGAUGAGCACAGAAUCCAGCGGCGCUUCAUGUGGCAAGAGAUGAACAACUCGGUGAUGGGCAGCGUCCUGGGGCGCAUGUUCGGCGGUGCCAGGGCCAUGAAGACUAUGUUCACGGACCUCCUGCCGAGCCCCGCGGUGUCGGUGCACACGAAGAAGAGCCCCGCACCGAUCGACCUGCGGCCCACGGAGAUGACGCGCGUGAAGUACAUCAUCCGGAAUCCGCACACCCACAAGCCGAUGAAGAUCAUCAAGAUGCGGCCGUCGGCCAAGAAGGUGGUGCAGCUGCGGCGACCCCUGCCCAAGACCAGGCCGGGCGUGGGGACGGAGGCGACAACGCACUCCCUCAGCUACGACCAUCGGAUGCGACAGCUGGAGAAGGAGCAGGAGCUGAUCGCCGAGGGCAAGGCACCGCUGACCAGCGACGAGGAUCUCAUGGACAAGUACUUCCGGAAGAAGGCCAAGGGGGGCCCGGGGAGUGCCAGCAACGAAGUCGUCUCCGGCAAGAUCAUGGAGUACCAGAGCUGGAAGCCCGUCUACAAGGCCGGCGAGCAGCCCAGCAGCGGCUCCUUUGUGACCCUGCGGCCACAGGCCCUCACACAGCUCCACACGGAUAUAUCCAGUAGCGGGAGGGACCACGACCAUGAGCUCCUGCCCAAGCCGGAGAAGCUGGUGGGCUACGAGUACGGCAGCGAGGAGGAGACCGAGAACGAGCUGGCCAAGCAGAUGGGCCACCGCUACGAGGUCACCGAGCACACGGGCGACUCCAGCGGGGAGUACGAGGCAGUGGCAUCGAUGGAGAGCGGCUUUGUGCCCAUCAAGGGGUAUCGGAGUCAACCGCCGCAGGAGCAGCAUCCACCGCGGCCCAGGAGCCGAGGCACAUCCACCAGCAGCACCACGACCAGCACCACCGAAGCCCCCAACUACCCGCCGUCGUUCCUGAAGAAGUACCGCGAACGGGAGGCGGCGGCCACCACCACCAGACGACCUCGGAAGCAGCACAAGCAGCAGCAGCAGCAGCCGCAGCAGAUCCACGGCGGCGACGGAGGGGGUGGUGACAGUGAGGAAGACUCGAUCACCACCAGCCAGCCGUCCUCCUCGAUGAGCAGCCUGCGGGCCCGUCUCCAGGAGCAGCAGCGUCGCACCAAGCACCAGCACCAGCACCAGCACAAGCAGCGGCUGGAGGACGAGGAGUACGAGGCGGCCCUGGUGGAGGCCAUGCACGGGGACAAGUGGCCGGCGGAGGUGCACCACAGCGGCUACCAGCUGAGCAGCCCCAUCGGCCCGAGUGCAGUGGCCUUCGAGCAGGCGGUGCCACAACCAGGAGCAGGAGCAGCCAAGUAUCCCAAUCCCAAGGAGCACAAGCGGCCGCCGCGGGCCAACAUCCGGGAGCGGGGAUCAGUGAAGUUUGGCGACAAGCCCAGCUACGAGGACGAGGAGGCGGCCUGAUGAUACGACAGGAGGGGCGGGGGGACACGAUAUUACCCAACCAAAGAGCCAAAGCUGCAGUUAAGCCAGGAGCGGCGGGGGGGAGUUAAGUUAGGCUUAAAAAAGUUAACCAACAAUUAAGUUUAAUUGCCUAAUCUAACGACUAAGUAAAAGCGAAUUAGAAGAAGAAAAAAUGUAACAAUUUAA